CCCGGUAUCUUAAAAAUCGAUGAAAUUCAUUCGAUACGUUUUUGAAUGAAACGAAAGAAUCUGGUAGAAAUAAGCGUCGCUCUGCCCCGCGAACCGAGAUAUUAAGUAUUAAAGUUCACGUAGGACUGUUCAAGUAGGAAAUCUGUCAGGGUCACCCAACACUACAAUAUGAGCAUGCGCUGUGGUCGUCUUGUGCACGAAAUUUAAAAACAAAUUAAAAAAUCGAUUAGAUAGUCACUCAUGCAACAUUUCUAUUAUAUGUAUAAUUCUAUUCCAAAUAAAUCAUAAUCCAUGUCGACAGUGGAGUGUAUGGCUACGCCGCUCCGAACCUGAACACUACUGUCCACACACCUCACUGUCUACCCACAAAAACAGUCCCAAUGAGUGAUAGUGACAGGGAUGAUGAUCAUCCGCGACUAAGCUCGAGUACGCUUGCCGCAUUAGAGGAAUUCUUGAAGGAGAAAGAAGAGCGAGAGAAUUUGCUGAAACUGAUAUCCGAGGAAGAUCAAGUGCCAGAUACUCCUUUCGAUGAGAAUUGGCAAUUGAGUCAAUUUUGGUAUAAUGACGAUACGAUAAAGGCUUUUGUUAACGGAGCUCUAAAUUCUACACCAGCAAAUGGAAAGAUCGCUCUAGUUUCUUGUCCAACUCUUUACAGCAAAUUAAAAAAGGAAUGCGGUAAACGGCAAAUCACGCUGUUUGAGUAUGACAGUCGUUUCAAAAUAUUUGGUACAGAUUUUAUACAGUAUGACUACAAGUUUCCUCUGGAUAUACCUCGGCAUAUGUCUAGUCAGUUCGAUUUGGUUAUAGCCGAUCCACCUUUUCUUUCGGAGGAAUGUCUAACUAAGACAGCGGUGACAAUAAAGUUUUUGACCAAGAAAAAUAUUGUUCUCUGCACAGGUGCUAUUAUGGCGGAGCUGGCAGAGAGGCUGUUGGACGUUAGAAAAUGUGAUUUUCUUCCAGGUCAUAAAAACAAUUUGGCGAAUGAAUUUUAUUGUUAUUCAAAUUUCAAUUUUGACAAAAUUCUAAAAUGA